AUGAAGCUCUUAGCUCUCGCAUUGGCACUCACGUGCUCUGCGUUUGCUCGCACUUACAGGCAUAGCAAGACUCAGUAUCCUGCUCAUACGAUCGACCAGCCUGUAAGUAUGACACAGAAGAUGCCUGAUCGCGAUACUGAUGCAUGCUCUGCAGAUUGACCAUUAUCCGAAUAGCGGGAGAUAUGAGCCGCACACGAAUGCCACUUUCAGCCAAAGAUACUUCUUUGACAGCUCAUACUACAAACCGGGAGGGCCGGUCUUCCUGUACAUUGGUGGAGAGGGGAGGGGCGAGGGCUCGUUCAGCAAAAUGGGAACUGGCAGUAAUUACCCUUUCUCUUGCGAAUGUGUGAAUGCUAACCUUGCAAUUCUCCCAGUCAUUCAAAUAUUGAUGCAAGCUACCAAUGGCAUUGGUGUGAUCUUAGAGAACAGAUACUAUGGCAAGAGCUAUCCUUACAACACAUCUACGACGGAUGAGAUGCGCUUCUUAACCAUCGAGCAAAGUAGGUCUCGAGAGAGCGACCGAAUCUCCAAGUACUAAACAAGCGAAUGUAGCUAUUGCGGACAAUGCCUACUUUGCGCAGCAUGCCGUCUUUCCCGGCGUGAAUGCUUCUCUCCAGGCGCCUGGUACACCGUGGAUUCUGUAUGGAGGCAGUAACGCAGGUGCACAGACAGCGUACUCCCUGAAGACAUACUCGCCAUUGCUAUGGGGAGGUAUCUGCACAAGCGGGACCAUCAAAGCGAAACAUACCUAUGUCGAAUUCUACGAUCCAAUCCAGAAAUUCGGGCCUCAGGACUGCAUCGGGAGUAUCAACGCCAUUAUCGACAAUAUCGACUACCUUUUCGCUCACGGAAAUGCAUCGCAAAUCCAUCACAUGAAAAGCAUAUUCGGUCUCGAGGCCUUGAAAGACAACCGCGACUUCGCGAUGACUAUAGCCUUCCCACUUGGAGGUCCUUUGUAUUACCCGACCAGCACAUGGCAAGAGCUGAUUUGGGACCCAGCCCAAUCGGACAUGGACUUUUGGUACUUCUGCCGCAAUGUGACGAAUCUGGAUGCACCGCAUAAUAUUCCUCAAGUGGACUAUGAACUCGCACCGUACACUAACGGCGAGCCGUGGACCAAUCUUGGCAAUUAUGCCAACUAUAUCAAGAUGCAGCUUAUUCCCACCUGCAACGGCGCCCCCAUUGACAGUAGCGCUUGUUUCGGCACACAGGAUCCCGCGUACUGGGCCAAUACCACGAAUGAUAAGGACAGAUCCUACCUCUACACCGUCUGUACCGAAAUCGGAUCGUACCAAGCCGCGCGCCUGCACGGCCCUACCCUCCUCUCUCGCGUCGUCCAGGCAGAUCAUACCCAACAGUGGUGCGAAUGGGCUUUCCCUCCCGGCCAAUACAACAAGAUCCCGCCUUCGCCGGAACUCUGGUGGGCGAACAAAUAUGGCGGCUACGACGUUUCCGCACCGCGGUUGGCCUAUAUCGAUGGCGACCAGGAUGUGUGGUUGGAUCUGGGCUACCAUUCGCAUGACGCGCCGGAGAGGGUGACGGCGAGUGCGGAGGAGGCGUAUCUUCAUCCGCAGUUGCUCAUUCCUGGCGCUGGACAUGGGUGGGAUAGCUAUGGGAUUCAGAAUGUGUCGGCGGAGCCGGACUUCAUUCGGGAGGCGCAUUUGUGGUGAGUGUAUUUCUCCCUCCCUCUUGCGGUCAUUGACCUGGUACGCUGACGUUCUUUGAUAUAGGGAGAUUCGCAUUGUGAAGAAAUGGUUGGAGAUGUUUGAGCAGCAAAAGCAGAAGGAUUAA